UGCUCCUCCCUCUGAAAUUGGGACCCGAGCUAUAAACACGGGCACAUUUGUUUUUCUGUCUGUUCAGAACCCUCCGCCAUGGCCACCUUCGUGGAGCUCAGCACCAGAGCCAACAUGCCCAUUGUGGGCUUGGGCACCUGGAAGUCUCCUCCAGGCAAAGUCAAAGAGGCUGUGAAGGUGGCCAUUGAUGCAGGGUAUCGACACAUUGACUGUGCCUAUGUCUAUGACAAUGAGGAAGAGGUGGGGGAAGCCAUCCAAGAAAAGAUCCAAGAGAAAGUUGUGAAGAGGGAGGACCUCUUCAUUGUCAGCAAGCUAUGGCCCACCUUCUUUGAGAAACCCCAUGUGAAGAAGGUUUGUCAGAAGACCCUCCACGAUCUGAAACUAGACUAUCUGGACAUCUAUCUUAUUCACUUUCCUCAGGGAUUACAGUAUGUACCAGGUGGAAACGAAAAGUUGCCCAAAGAUGCUGAAGGCAAUAUUCUUGUCGGUAAGGCAACAUUUCUGGAUGCAUGGGAGGCCAUGGAAGAGCUAGUGGAUGAGGGUCUAGUGAAAGCCAUCGGAAUCUCCAACUUCAACCACCUUCAGAUUGAAAGGCUAUUAAACAAACCUGGACUGAAACAUAGACCAGUGACUAACCAGGUUGAAUGCCACCCAUACCUCACACAGGAGAAAUUGAUCCAGUACUGUCACUCCAGGGGCAUCUCUGUCACUGCUUACAGCCCUCUGGGAUCUCCAGGGAGACCUUGGGCCAAGCCAGAUGACCCUUAUCUACUGGAGGAUUCCAAGAUUAAGGCAAUAGCUGCUAAGCACAACAAAUCCACAGCCCAGGUUUUGAUCCGGUUCCAAAUCCAGAGGAAUGUGGCUGUGAUCCCCAAGUCAGCGACCCCAGCACGCAUCAGAGAGAAUUUUGAUGUCUUUGACUUUAAUCUGAGUGAUGAGGAGAUGAACACCAUUUCCAGCUUUAAUAGAAACUGGAGAGCCUUCAGUACAGAAUACAUGUCUCAAUUCAAGGACUAUCCCUUCCAUGAGGAAUAUUGAAACUGAGUCUCUGGAUAUGAAAAAACUGGAGGAUGACCUCACUUUGAAGUGUAACUCCACCACAGUCUUACUUAGCCAAGUUUACUAAAGACCAUAGAUUUUGUAAGCAGUGUUGGAUCUAGAUUUGAAUUCUCAACUGAGAGCUGACUAUCACAGGGAGAUAGGACUAGAUAAGCAGUGGUCCGGGAGGUGGUGCAGUGGUAAAGCUUUGGACUCUCAAGCAUGAGGUCCCGAGUUUGAUCACAUGUGCCAGAGUGAUGUCUGGUUCUUUCUCUCCUCCUCCUAUCUUUCUCAUAAAUAAAUAAAAUCUUUUAAAAAAAAACAUGACUAGACAAGCAAAUUCACUUAUUUACUUAUGUGAUCUAAUUAUGUGCAAUUUUGCUAGUGCUAAUGAUACAAAAAUAAAAAGAGUAAAGAAAAAUAACAACCAAUGUGUUUAGGGAAAU